CUAGCAACGUUGAGCACACCAACAGCGGCAGCGGCUUGCUGCACAGCGCACUCACAUCUCCCGCAACCAUCACCAUGGCCGCCAUGGCUCAGGCCUACAUGCAGCCAAACAAAGGCACGCUCGUCGCUGGCCAGACGAUCGCCGUCAACAAAUACACCGUCCAGGUCGAGCGCUACCUGAGCCAAGGCGGCUUCGCGCACGUCUAUCUGGUGCGCACAGCGACGCCCGUGAUGAACACGACGCACCAUGUCUUGAAGCGGAUCGCGGUGCCGAAUGAGGGCAUGCUCACGGAGGUUAAGAAGGAGGUCGACAUCAUGAGAAUCCUGAAAGGGCAUGCAAACAUAGUAUACCUAAUCGACGCCGCGUGGCACCGCCUCCCGAACGGGACCUAUGAGGUCUUCAUCCUCAUGGAAUUCUGCGCUGGCGGAGGUAUCAUCGACAUGAUGAACCGCCGAUUGCGCGAACGACUCACGGAGCCAGAAAUCCUGACCAUCUUCUGCGAUGUCUGUGAGGGUCUCGCGGCAAUGCAUUCACUGAAGCCGCCAUUGCUGCACCGGGACCUCAAGGUAGAGAACAUCCUGCAGGCGUCAUCGACAUCAUACAAGCUAUGCGACUUCGGGAGCGCUACGUCUGUGCAGAAGGUGCCGAGCAACGUGCAGGAGAUUCGGAUGCUGGAGGCGGAUCUGAACCGGCACACGACGCUGCAGUACCGUGCACCCGAGAUGGUAGAUGUGUACCUUCGGCGGCCCGUCGAUGAGAAGAGCGAUGUAUGGGCGCUCGGCGUGCUUCUCUACAAGCUAUGCUACUACACCACGCCGUUCGAGGAGCACGGCCCGCUGGCGAUCCUGAACGUGCAGUACAAGAUUCCACCCUAUCCCGUCUACUCACAACAAAUGAACACGUUGAUCGCAUCGAUGCUACGUGAACACGGCGCACAGCGUCCGUCAGUGUUCGAGCUGCUUGACCACGUGCACAGGUUGCGCGGCACAAAGUCGCGCUUCACGUACAACAUCCCGCCAAAGGCGCCGCCAUUAUCUCCCACUCGUGCCUCCGCGUCUCCGCUCCAGACACUGUCGCCCAAUGUCGCGUCUCCACCAUUGAACCCACUCGAUGAUUUUGUGUCCCGCAAGUCUCAGCAGGCCUUUUCUGCGUCGCCGGCGAGGAACGCUGGCAUCGAGGCGCGGGAGAAGGUGCUCGAAGCGAUCGCGCCGAUGCGGCGUGGACGUCCCCCCGGCGCAGCUCCCUCGAGCCCGACGAAGGAGCGCGCGUUCGAGAUGGACAUGAAGUUCGGCGCGGACGACGACCGGGUAUGGCGUGGGGUCAAGGGCCACAAGUCCGGUCUCGCAGCUGUGAAUGCCGGGUCGAAUUAUGCGCAGCGGGACAAUGCGGACGCGUGGGGUAUGGGGCGGAAAGAGCCGCAGAAGGAGUCGCGGCCGUCGUUUGAGAAAGGCUUCGGAGACGACUUCAGCUUUGGAAAGUCGUUUGGUGACUCGUUUCAGCCUGCGAGGUCGCCGCUGCCGUCGCCCCAGCCCCAGCCUCAGCCGUCGCCGUCACCGCGCCCGCCAUCGAUGCCUACUGGGCUGAACCGCCACGCUUCUAUGCGUAAGGCCAAGGACGCGUUCGACGGCCUUGGGCUCGGGCUCUCGGCGCAGGCUCCGCCACCGACUCUUGGGGAGGCUCGCAUGAGCCGCACUGGCCUUGCAAGCAUAGGAAUGACAUCAGGCGGUGCGGCGGCGUCGUACUUCAACGCACAUAGCUCACAGGCCCCCGGGCUCGGAACGAACAACACGUCCUUCCGGCCACCGAGCUCUCAUUCGCCCAUGCCGUCUUCCUCGCCACGUCCCAUGCCGCAAGUCCCGGCGACCCAAGCGACACCCUCAUGGCGCCCGAGUCCGUCGAAGGGAGAGACGCUGACGGCGGAGGAGCGGUUCCCGUCGCUGGAGGAGCUCGAUCGCGAGUUCGGAUCACCAUCGCCUGGUACAGCUGCAGAGAGGUUUGCGAUGGCGCACGCACCGACUCAGCCACCGUCGACGGAGAAGCUUGCCACCGGCUCACGGCCUCCAUCUCGGACGGCAUACAUGGCCAACGCCCGGUCAACUGCUACAAAUGGAGCGACCGGUGCAGGCAGCUCUGCACCGAAUGUGUCCACGUUCACCGGUGUGAAGAGGACCAUGUACGAAGGUCUCGGUGCGCGCUCGCAGAACGUCACUGGCACCGCAAUGCGCGAGUCGCGCUUCAGCGUCGCACAAGCACCCUCGCACACUCUCCGCCCUCCGCAGGUCUCGGCGGAGCCACCGAGGAGCAGGGAGCGGGAGAGACCGCGUUCUCCGCAGAAGCAGAAGCAGGAUGAGGACAAGGAGAAGCCGCAGGACGUCGUCGCCGUCCUCCGGAGCAGGCCCUCCGCCGCCCGCCGCCAUCGCACCACAGGCUCGAAGACGCCCUCGCGCAACAACUCGGCCAACCUCGUGUCGCCCGUACGCGAAACGAUGCCUGUGCUACCGCCACGUCCGCCCCCCGAGCCGAGCCCGCGCGCUGGGCCGAGGGACUGGCUGACCGGGGCAGACGAGGACGAGGCUCCGCCCAGACCUGAGCCGCAACCUGUCAUGCGCGAGAGCCCGAGCAAGCGCGCGAGCUUCAUCGAGCGCAGCCCGAUCCAACUGGUGAAGCCGCUGGAGGCAGAGGAGGUGCUAGCGAGCUAUGAGAAGCCUGAACGGGGCGGGGACCCACAGAAGUCCACUGCUGCGCGGAAGCCGACGUCCAACGCCCGGCCAAACUGGGACAGGAAGGAGCCAGAGAGGGAGAGGGAGAAGUCGCGCGAGGAGAGGCAACCGCGUACGACGAGUAGUGCUAGCGCCAGUGGGGCGGGGAGCGCGAAUACUCGUGUGCUGCAGAUCCCGCCGGUCGACACGCGGAUCCCGUCGAGGACGGGUACGACGCCCUCACCGAACGGCCUCACGGAGAACUGGAGCCCUAUCGCAUCGACGGCUGAGCCUGUGCCUCUCACGGCAAAGAGCUCAUCUAGCGGCUCUAGUGAAGAGGGACCGGAGGAUGUUUCAGGGUUCGGGGCGGCGCGCAAGAAGAAGGCAGGCGAGGAGCAAAGGCAGACAGAGUCAGUGCAUGACCUGGUCGAUCUCUGGGGAGGUAGCCUCGCAGAGAAGAAGGAGAAGGAGCCUACCAGGAGCACAGCGAGCUCGAGGAUAGUUGACACCUCAAAGCGCCGCUCGGUCAUCAUGCCCGCGCCCAUUGCACGCCCCCCGCCGCUCACCAGCAAACCGACGCGCUCAGAGCAGAUCAUCGAACAUGGGCCCCCCUCCAAGUCCACACAAGAGGCAACCCUCCGCCGCGCCGCCAUCCGGCCACGAAUGCAGGCGACGCCGAUGGCCUCCGCGUCCUCGAUGCCCCCGCCGAUGUCCGGGCGCUCCCGCCCCCAGUCGAUGUUCAUCACCUCGCCCUCCAAGUCCGCAUACUCCCUCCAACAAUCUGCGCCCGCGCCCUCCCCAGCGCCCACCACGCUCGCGCUCGCGCCGCCGCCCGAUCCACGCCCGCGCGCUGGCCGGCGGUCCUCCAUCUCAGACAUGGUGCAACACUACGAGGCGAUCACCUCCGCCAAGCCCACGACCACGCCUACGCCGGCCCCUACGUCACCUACGAAAUCUGCACCGCUCAACGUUAGGAGCAGAUCCUCCGCUGGAGCCGGGGCCGGGGCCGACUCGCUUGCGAGCCCGUCUGCGGCGGCCACGCGCUUCCCGAAGCUCUCCCCAACGACCUCGCCCGUCCUAUCCAAGACAAAUCUCGCGGUGCCGGAUGACGCAGGGCAGGGCAGGGCAGAGAGGGAGAACGGAAGGCGGUCGCCGGGGCUGUCUGGCCUCCCGAGCCCCAAUGGCGUCGUGAACGGCCUGCCGGGCAGACGGUCGCCCCUCCAGAUGGCGCGCGAGUCGCUGGAGCAGCCGCCGCCGUCGCCGUUCGGGGGCCGCAAGCCGACGCUGCAGUCGAGCCGGGAGCCCGUGCGCUCGCCGUCGCCGGAGCGGCCGUACCAGGGGUGUCGAAGCUGA